GGCCUCUACAUUAAGAUGUCUUCGCAACAUUGAUGAUUCAGAUGAAUGCUGUUGUUGCCAUGAAGAAGCAAUAACAUUUGAAGAAUGUCUUCCAAGCAAGCCGCCUCUCCAUUUGCUUGUGCAGCUGAUGGAGAGGAAGCAAUGACCCAGGACUUGUCCUCACGGGAAAAGGAAGAGGGCGCCGAGCAGCAGGUGACGUCCCACCUGCCUCUCCAUCCCAUAAUGCACAACAAACCUCACUCUGAGGAGCUACCAACUCUUGUCACCACCAUUCAACAAGAUGCCGAUUGGGACAGUGUACUCUCAGCCCAGCAUAGAAUGGAGUCAGAGAAUAAUAAGUUAUGUUCCCUCUAUUCCUUCCGAAAUACCUCUACCUCACCACAUAAGCCCGAUGAAGGGAGUCGAGACCGCAGUGAGCUGAUGACCAUUGGAACUCCAGAGCGCCGUAAAGGGAGCCUGGCGGAUGUGGUGGACACUCUGAAGCAGAAGAAGUUAGAGGAGAUGACGAGGACUGAGCAGGAGGACUCAUCUUGCAUGGAAAAGCUACUUUCAAAAGAUUGGAAGGAGAAAAUGGAAAGACUAAAUACAAGCGAGCUUCUUGGAGAAAUCAAAGGAACCCCUGAGAGCCUGGCAGAAAAGGAGCGCCAGCUCUCCACCAUGAUCACCCAGCUGAUUGGUCUGCGGGAGCAGCUCCUAGCUGCUCACGAUGAACAGAAAAAGCUGGCAGCUUCACAAAUUGAGAAACAGCGGCAGCAAAUGGACCUUGCUCGUCAACAACAAGAACAGAUUGCAAGACAACAGCAGCAACUCCUGCAACAGCAGCACAAAAUCAAUCUCCUGCAGCAACAAAUCCAGGUUCAGGGUCAUAUGCCUCCGCUUAUGAUCCCAAUUUUUCCACACGACCAGCGGACACUGGCAGCUGCUGCUGCUGCCCAGCAGGGAUUCCUCUUCCCCCCGGGAAUAACUUACAAACCAGGUGAUAACUAUCCUGUACAGUUCAUUCCAUCAACAAUGGCAGCUGCUGCUGCUUCUGGACUCAGCCCUUUACAACUCCAGAAAGGUCAUGCCUCCCACCCACAAAUUAGUCCAAGACUAAAGGGCCUAAGUGAACGUUAUGGCAGGAAUUUGGACACCUUUGAACAUGGUGGUGGCCACUCUUACAACCACAAAAAGAUUGAGCAGCUCUACGCAGCUCAGUUAGCCAGUAUGCAGGUGUCACCUGGAGCCAAGAUGCCAUCAACUCCACAGCCCCCGACCACAGCAGGAGCCCUCUCACCUACUGGGAUGAAAAAUGAAAAGAGGGGAACCAGUCCUGUAACUCAAGUUAAGGAUGAAGCAGCACAGCCCCUGAAUCUCUCAGCUCGACCCAAGACGGCAGAGCCAGUGAAAUCUCCGACGUCACCAACACAGACCCUCUUUCCAGCCAGUAAAACCAGCCCGGUGACUUUGUCCAACAAAAGCAGUAUCCCCAGCCCUAUUGGGGGAACUUUGGGAAGAGGAUCCUCUUUAGAUAUCCUGUCCAGCCUCAACUCCCCUGCCCUGUUUGGGGACCAGGACACAGUGAUGAAAGCCAUUCAGGAGGCUCGAAAGAUGAGAGAACAGAUCCAGCGAGAGCAACAACAGCAGCAGCAGCAGCAGCCGCAACCCCCACCACCGCUCGGUGUCGAUGGAAAGCUAACCUCCAUGAGUAACUUGGGUCUGAACAACUGCAGGAAUGAGAAGGAAAGGACACGCUUUGAGAACCUGGGCCCCCAGUUAACGGGGAAGCCAGCCGAAGAUGGAAAAUUGGGCCCUGGAGUCAUCGACCUCACCCGGCCAGAAGAUGCAGAGGGAAGUAAAGCAAUGAAUGGCUCUGCAGCUAAACUACAGCAGUAUUAUUGUUGGCCAACAGGAGGCGCCACUGUGGCUGAAGCUCGAGUCUACAGGGAUGCCCGAGGCCGAGCCAGCAGUGAACCACACAUCAAGCGACCAAUGAAUGCUUUCAUGGUUUGGGCAAAGGACGAACGGAGGAAAAUUCUGCAGGCCUUCCCUGACAUGCAUAACUCCAAUAUUAGCAAAAUUCUAGGCUCUCGCUGGAAAUCUAUGUCAAACCAAGAGAAGCAACCGUAUUAUGAAGAGCAGGCCCGGCUAAGCAAGAUCCACUUAGAGAAAUAUCCGAACUACAAAUACAAGCCCCGACCCAAACGCACCUGCAUUGUUGAUGGCAAAAAGCUACGCAUUGGCGAGUACAAGCAGCUGAUGAGGUCUCGGAGACAGGAGAUGAGACAGUUCUUUACUGUAGGGCAACAGCCUCAGAUUCCAAUUACCACAGGAACAGGUGUUGUGUAUCCUGGUGCUAUUACCAUGGCAACUACCACCCCAUCACCCCAGAUGACAUCUGACUGCUCCAGCAACUCUGCCAGCCCCGAGCCCAGCCUCCCUGUCAUCCAGAGCACUUACGGUAUGAAGACAGACAGCGGAAGCCUGGCGGGAAACGAAAUGAUAAACGGAGAGGACGAGAUGGAAAUGUACGACGACUACGAAGAUGAUCCCAAAUCGGACUAUAGCAGCGAAAAUGAAGCCCCAGAGGCCGUCAGUGCUAACUGAGGAGUGUUUGCAGAAUGAAAGUACUCAGAAGUUUUUGUUUUUUUCUGAACAAAAAGUUCUUAAAGAGCCUGCAUGCAUUUGUGGCUCCCACAAUUACAUCAGCAGAAUGGUCUUAAGUGUUUCAUAACGUGUGAGACAGAUUGAGUUUUCCCUGAUUUUUCAUGAACUUGUGUUUUUUGUUUGUUUUUUUAUUUAGGUGAAGACAUAUUAAAUAUGAGACAUCGGGGCUUGAAAACUUAUCUGAAUCCAUAGCUGUCUUACAAGUCUUACUUUUUUGUCCUUUUUUUUCCUUUUGGAUGUUGAUCAAGGUUUAAGUUACUGUUUUAGACGGGGUUAAACAUUCUCACUCAGGUAUGCUGUGCCAGCCUACAGGUUGUGAAUGUGUUUUCAUUCUGAAUUAUUUUCGAAAAGAAGCGCGGAUUUCCUAUUGUGAAACAGGACAAGCCCCCAGGUGUGUGCAGCUGCAUGGAGAGCAUUUACAAAGGCCUCUGAAUUCCAUUUUUCCACGUGUAGAGUUGAACUUCUAAUGUGCCAAACUUUUUCAUAACUUUUGAAUCUUAACAUUUUGAAAGUCUUAAGGGAGACACUGCAAAGUCUUAGACAAUCCUUUGGCAUCUUAAAAAAAAAAGUAUAGCCACAUGAUUUUAUUUUAUUUUUUCCAGAAUGUACUCAGGAAUCUGAAGACAGGAUAUUACAAGUCCAUAUGGUUGCCACAGUGCAUAUACCCAACUGCUUUAGCCUCUUGAUGUGCCAUCGGUGGGUCAUAUACUAAGUAAAUAAGGAAGAGCAAUCAUCUCUCACUAAGGACAUGGCCCCACUCCCCCCUUCCCCCUCCCGCCCAGCCCCCCACUAUCCUCGCUGUUCACCCUGGCAUUCAGU